UCGACUGAUUGCUAUCUGACUUUUAUCGAGUGACAAAUAUUGUUAUCAUGAAAUUAUUUUCACGACUGAAAAAAAUGAUUGAGAAGGAGUGUGUACAAGAACCAUGUGUUCUUCUUAAACACACCUCUAACCCAGAGAACCAUCCUCCUCAUUGGCCUGAUGAGGCUCUUGUUGUUGCUGGUGGUUUUGAUGGAGGAGAGGAUGUAGAAAGAGAGGACAAAAAGAAAAAGAAGAGCUUCUGGAGGUGGCCAGCGCUCCGCUUUCCUCACAGGAGAGCCACUAAAUAUGAUCUGGCUAAAGCUGAGAAUAAGCACCAGGCUGAUGCCGGAUCAUAUCGGACAUUUAGCGAUGCUCCAGCUUCUAAAGUCCACCCUGUUGAGGAACCGCUGGAGCAGAAUGCCCCAGGCAAAGGCCACAUCUGCAGCCAUUAUAAAAUCGGCUCAAAACUGGGUCAAGGAGGAUUUGGUUUUGUCUACGAAGGGACUCGCUGCAAGGAUAAACUUGAGGUGGCUGUGAAAUUUUCAGUGAAGUCACCAAACAUGCCAUAUAUCAGAGUGCCUGGUCAUCCCCAAUGCAUCCCAAUGGAGAUAGGCCUGACACUAAUGGCUAAUAAAAGCCCCAGAGCUCCUGAGAUCAUAAGAAUUCUGGACUGGGAGGACAACGAAGACCACUUCAUUAUGGUCAUGGAGCGUCCCAUGCCCUGCAUGGAUUUUAGAAAUUUCGUAAAGCUCCACGGAGAGCGUCUCGAUGAGGAGACAGCACGAAAGGUCAUGCAGCAGGUCACCGAAGCCGCUAAUGUUUGCAUCAAGCGUGGCGUCUUUCAUCGGGACAUAAAAAUGGAGAACCUGCUGUUAAACCAGGACACCAUGGAGGUGAAACUCAUUGACUUCGGGUGCGGUGUGCAAAUGAAGAGAUUUGGCUAUGAAGUCUUCAGUGGCACAAAAGCGUAUUGUCCACCAGAGGUCAUCGUGAACGGCAAAUACCAUGCAAAGCCAACAACAGUGUGGUCGCUGGGGAUCCUUCUGUUCAUGAUGGUGUGUGGACAUUAUCCCACAGAAUACGACCUGGAUCUGAUCAGUAAGAGGAGCUGGACCAGACCUGGCCUGUCACAAGAAUGCUGCCAGAUGAUUUCUUCAUGUCUGCAGUCUGAUCCACAGCAGAGGAUCGAUCUGGAGAAGAUGCAGAUCCAUGACUGGUUUAAGGUCAUGGAGUGAGACAUGAAGAAUCUAAGAAGAUAUCUCCUGUCAUGGCCAACCUGUAGUUUUCGAUCUUGGGUCAGCUUUGCAUCUAGCGGGAUGAUAUGAGUGGCCUCUCCAUCUCUCCACUUAGCGUCUUGUGAAAGCCGGCAUCUUCCGACAUUGUCUGCCUCCUCGAAAUGAAGCAGCAAUGCUUGUAAUAGUUAUUUGGAUAGUCUUUAAAUUUAUAUGUACUUCUUAAAAAAAUGUAUAAGACAUAAGUGUGUAAGAUAAGUGUAUAAGACAGACAAGUGAUUAAGUGUAUAAGAUAAGAGUAUAAGAUUACUGUAUAAGUGUAUCAGGUAGACUGGUGUAGACGUUAAAGAUAAGUAUAAUUUACAGAUAAUUAAUAUUUGAAAUAUAAUUUAAUUUAUUAGAAAUUGUUGUUGUGUUUUCAUUCCCCAUGUGCUUAG